AUGGCGGAACCUCAGGUGGCGUACGCGCAGGAUGAGUACGGCAAUCCGUUCAUUGUCGUGCGUGAGCAGGGAAAGAAGACGCGUGCGCAAGGCACGCAGGCGAUCAAGGACCAUAUCCAGGCGGCGCGCACCGUGUCCAACAUUGUGCGCACCUCGCUUGGUCCGCGCGGUCUCGACAAGAUUCUGAUCAGCCCCGACGGCGAUAUCCAAGUCACGAACGACGGUGCGACGAUCAUGUCGAACAUGGAGCUGGAGCACCAGAUUGCCAAGCUGCUCGUGGAGCUCUCCAAGAGCCAGGACGACGAGAUUGGCGACGGUACGACCGGCGUCGUGGUCCUGGCCGGUGCGCUCCUCGAGCAGUCCGAGGCGCUGAUCGACCGCGGUAUCCACCCGAUCCGCAUCGCCGACGGCUUUGAGCGCGCGUGCGACAUUGCCGUCGCCGAGCUCGAAAAGACCGCCGACAAGGUCGAGUUUACCCGCGAGCACAUCGACGAGCUGCUCAAGGUCGCCAAGACGUGUCUCGGAAGCAAAAUCGUCUCCAAGGCGUCCGACAAGUUUGCGCGCAUCGCGAUCGACGCAGUGCUCAGCGUCGCGGACCUCGAGCGCCGCGACGUGGACUUUGAGCUGAUCAAGGUCGACGGCAAGGUCGGCGGCUCGCUCGAGGACUCGGCGCUCGUGCACGGCGUGGUGAUCGACAAGGAUAUGUCCCACCCGCAGAUGCCGCGUGAGAUCCGCGACGCGCGCAUCGCCAUCCUCACAUGCCCGCUCGAGCCCCCGCGUCCCAAGACGAAGCACAAGCUCGACAUUAGCUCCGUCGAAGAGUACCGCCGUCUCGAGGAGUACGAGCGCAAAACGUUUGAGGGCAUGAUUCAAAAGAUCAAGGACUGCGGCGCGAACCUCGUCGUGUGCCAGUGGGGCUUUGAUGACGAGGCGAACCACCUGCUGCUUCAGCACGAGCUGCCGGCCGUCCGCUGGGUGGGCGGUCCCGAACUCGAGCUGAUUGCCAUUGCGACGAACGGUCGCAUCGUGCCGCGCUUCGAGGACCUCUCUGCCGACAAGCUAGGCCACGCGGGCCUCGUCAAGGAGGUCAGCUUUGGCACGACGCGCGACCGCAUGCUGGUGAUUGAAGAGUGCGCCAACUCGCGCGCGGUUACGGCCUUCCUCCGCGGCUCGAACAAGAUGAUCAUCGACGAGGCGAAGCGUGCGCUGCACGACGCCAUGUGCGUCGUCCGCAGCCUCGUGAAGGAUAACCGCGUGGUGUACGGCGGCGGCGCUGCCGAGAUCUGCGCGUCGAUUGCCGUGUCGCGCACCGCCGACGAGAUUGCGACGAUUGAGCAGUACGCGAUGCGUGCGUUUGCGCAAGCCCUGGACGCGAUCCCCCUGGCGCUCGCCGAAAACAGCGGCCUGGCGCCCAUCGAGAACUUGGCGGUGGUCAAGUCGCGGCAAGUCAACGAGAAGAACGCGCGUUUCGGCGUCGACUGCAUGGGCGUCGGUGACAACGACAUGAAGGAGUGCCGCGUCUUUGACCCGCUCGUCUCCAAGCGCCAGCAGUUCCUCCUCGCCGCGCAGCUCGUCCGCGCCGUGCUCAAGAUCGACGACGUGAUCGAGCAGCACGCACUGGAUAUGUAG